UGUUUGGAAAUUUUAAGGAAGAAAUGGAAUUCAGCACCAAAGGAUGUGGUCAUCCUCCAUCAACUUCCGAGAGGCAAAUUCACUCCCAGCAUUUCGCCAUUCCCACUGAAACUGGAAACGUAUCUACGUAUGGCCGGCAUCCACUACGAGAAUGAUUUUACCGAGCCGAAAAGUAUGAAAAAUAAAACUCCUUGGAUAACACUGAACGGAGAAGAUUUUGGAGAUUCGCAAAUUUGUCUGGAAAUUUUAGCUGACAAGUUCCAAAAGGACUUUAGUGCCCAUUUAUCUCCUGAACAGAAAGCUACUGCCAGAGCUUUUCAAAUCAUGACAGAAGAACAUUUUUAUUGGACGGGAGUUUUAUGGCGAUGGGUCUACACGAAAGGGAAUACUCUUCGCCAGAUCCACGCCACGUUUGCCCCACGUUUCAGUUUGAAAAUACCGCUGGUAUGUAGACGAAUGAAAAGCCAGGCUAUCGGGCAAGGACUGGGCCGUCACACGGAACAGGAGGUGAUUGGAAUAGGAAUGGAAGACCUGCGAGCCAUGUCGCAUUUUUUAGGAAGUAAAUCGUAUUUCAUGGGGGAAGAACCUGUCGAGCUGGAUUGUGCAAUGUUUGGAAUGCUGGCGCAGGUGGUUUGGAACAUGCCGGGAUCUCCAUUCGAAAGUCUUUUGAACAGUGAACUGCGAAAUCUGAAACUGUUUUGCGAGAGGAUGAAGGAUCGAUUCUGGCCGGAUUGGGAUCAAUGCCUCUUGCCUGACCCGCUCUGAACAUCGACAUUCUGCAGGUCGUAUUUGAUGGACACCCGACCUUAGAAGAAGACGUGAGAGUUUUUCGCUCCGCUGCUUCUGAUUACCUCAACAGAUGGCGAACUACCUGUUGUCUCAAGUGUCAAAUUUGUUUUUGAAAACUCGAUUAUAUUAUUAUUAUUCACCCAAG